UUACAACUGUUGAAACAAAAAAAUCACUCGAUUCUUAAGAAUUUUCUUUGAUUUUUUUUUUUUUCUUGUUACUCGAGAACAAAGCAGUCUCUGAGAUACUGAGCUUUUAAAAAUGUAAAUGGCUGCUCUGUGUUACUUUCUUUUUCCUAGUGUUACUUUACCAAAGCAUCUUGUAUUAGAACAUGUUAUAUUGAUGCCCGUGUGAAAAAAUUAUGAACAAGUUUUGGGGAAAUAGAAGACAAUAAGAUAUGUAGGGCGUUUUGGUUUUCUUCCUCUCCAAACAUACGUUGUAAGAGACAGUAUUUCCUAUUUUUACUUCCUUCUUUCAAUGUCCACCCCAUAUCACCCCAAUUCCAUGCUUGGAAUCAAAUCCAGGGCCUUCUAUACAUGUUGGCAAGUGCUAUACUACUAAGCUGCUCCCCAAGCACCUCCUCUUUUCAGCUUUGAGUUUUAUUGACUGAGACACUAAAUUUGAUAUAAACCUGAGGGGGGAAAUGGAAUGUGCUUAUGGUUAGAUAAAAUUACAUUAUUUUUAAACUCUUUAUUUUUGUUUAACAAGUUGUAGUUUAGGUGAAUGGAUGACAGGCUUCUGUAAAGUUUUUUGUUUUUGUUUUUUAAUAUUUUUUAGUUGUUGACGAACCUUUAUUUUAUAUAUUUGUAUGCGGUGCUGAGAAUCGAACCCAGUGCCUUGUGCAUGUUAGGCAAGGGCGCUACCACUGAGCCACAACCCCAGCCCUUCUAUAAAAGUAUUGAAUCCACUGCUGUAAGCCACAGGAAACAACCAUUGUAUUUUGUGGUCAUACUUCUCAUUAUGCUGAAAAUUUAAAUUUAAGCAAAGUAACCAUCAUAUUUUUAAUUCAAAAUACUUAUUAAAAGGAAACAUUAAAAAAUCAUAUUUUUCAAAAAUUUCUCCUAUAUUACCUAAAGUAUAUGAAUAUUUCCAUUUUCUGCUAUUAUAAACAGAUAAUACAUCAGAGUUAUUGAUGGUAAAAUUUAAGUUGUGAAAUGUAUAUUUAAAAAAAUUAUUUAAAUCUUAAAAUCAUUUAAAGACUAAUGUUGCCACUGGGUGGCAGCCCUGGCUUUUCCCACUAAGCAACAGAAGUCAGCAAAUAUAAUUAAGACAAUGGUGUAUAUCUGUUCUUAAAAUCUUAUAGUUCAUAUUUUAUUAUCUUUCUCAGUGCUUUAUUAAAUUAAUUAUUAGAUAAGUUUAACGGAAAUAAAAGUUAUUUAUGCUUUUUUGGCUGUAAAAUCACAUGAAUAUAAAUUGAGGAAAACAGUUUAAGAGAGUAGAAUGACUAGGUAGUAAACAUCCUUUUUAACAUUUAAUGAUGCUUUCUCUUUUUCUACCAACUCUUCAUUAUGAAAAAUGAAGAUGAAUGCUUAAUUUUUAAAAGGAGCAAUUUGUAUGAACAAAUAUCAACUAUUUAUAGCAAAUCCCCCACUGAACUGAUAUUAAUAGAGCAUGAUUUUGAGGAAGUAGCUAGAAGUGGUGUAGCCCUGGAAGCAAGGUACAUGUUCCCAUGCCAUGUAGAGUUCCCAGGUAACACGUGCCAGUAAUAGCUAUUGUGUGCUCAUUAUGGGAUAGAAGCUUUACUGGGAAGUACUUUGAACUUCAUUGUUAAUCUUACGACAAUGACUUUUUAUAAGCAUAAAUUUUACUUGAAGCAAUUUUUUUAGGAAUUGGAACAACCUUAUAAAACAGCUGCAUAGCUAGGUAAUAAUAGGAUUUGUGUUAGGAACCAAGUUUCCUCAUCCCCAGACUGGUGGUGUGUGUAUCAGAAAGUGCUCUGCGCUACUUUUAGACUAGGAGGAAUGUCCUAGGAAAAGUAGUGAAGUUUUCUAUCAUAUAGGAGGUGAUUAGUUAUCAAAUUUAAAUGUACCUAACACACAUGUAGCCCUGCCCAACCCACUUCUACAAAUAACUUCUCCAAAAUCUAGGAAGGAGCUUAGUAAUAAGAAGAAUGGCUAUUGCUACUGUAACCCUUAUUUGUUUGUAGGUCCUUAGGAUUCAGCUGGAUAUAUAUGUUCACACAUGAACCUAGUGGUAUUAAAGACUGUUUCGCAGAAAGCAGGAAGGGUGAGUGCAAAUCUAUUACCAUUACCAGAAGGAUAAAAAGGCCUAGCAGUUGAGCGACCUGGGUUGUUAGAAUAAGGUCAUCCUUAUAGAUAAAUGUCAUAUGAAUUAUUUCUAGCUGUAAUGCUCUGUCAUGUUAUCCAAAGGUAACAAAGAAGCAAGAUUGCCACUGUCUAUGUAGUUCCUUUGUGAAAAGUAGGAAAAGGCACCUUUUUCUCCCAACAGGCCCAACCCCUUCCUAUAAAGAAAUCCAGAAUUUUACCCCCUCGUCUUGACAGAGUGCCUUGUUCAGACUUUAACCAAACAUAGUGGCCUUAUAGGAGUACUAGUUGACCAUACAGUGCUUGAAAGAAUUAAUGAGGGGCUGCAGGUGUAGCUCAGUGGUAGAGUGCUUGCCUUGCAUGUGUGAGGCAUUGGUUUUGAUCCUCACUUAGCACCACAUAACAAUAAAGGUAUAUAUAAAAAAGAACGAAGCCUGGGAGAGUGGUGCAUACCUGUAGCCUCAGCUACUUGGGAGGCUGAGGCAAGAGAACCUGUGAGCCCACCAUGGGCAACAUACUAAAAUCCCAUCUCUAAGGAAAAGAAAGAAAAUAGCACUUUUUUUUUUUUUUUAAGUGGGGGGUUUCGGAUAAAAUUCAACAUUUCCUUCUUUAAAAUGAGAAGCUGGCAGCACUGUAAUUCAAUUCCCCUAAUAGCAAUCAGCUGAAACCCAGUACAGGUGGUCCCCUUAUUAUUUUUUUAACAUAUUUUAUGUGUUGUUGGACCUUUAUUUUUAUGUGGUGCUGAGAAUCAAACCCAGUGCCUCACACAUUAGGCAAGUGCUCUACCAUUGAGCCACAACUCCAGACCACCCCCCCCUUAUUCUUUUUACUAAUAUGAAUGGUGAAGAAAUUCAAAUAGUAAAGCCCCUUUCCCUACCUAUCUAGUUCAAUUUCCAAAUUCGGUUACUGUUACUCUUCAUUUUUUCUGUUUCUUGAAGAGUUUGAGACUUGGGAUCCUGAAAUUUUCAUUUUUUAGAAACACUUCUGCAUUGUCCAAUAAAUUUGUGUAGCAUUACUCAUGCUUUGACUUUUUCCAUUUUAAAUACUUUGCUAGAAGAUAAGAGUUCUUUGCAUUUUUCUAAAUUUAAAUAUCAUAUACAUAAUAUUUAAAUUUAGAAAAAAUAUUUUUAAUAUAUAUUUCUAAAUAUUUAUUUAGAAAAAAAGUAUUUAUUAUAUGGCAGUACUGGGGAGUGAACCUUGGGCCUUGUGUAUGCUGUCAUUUUUUCUUAAAGGGAUAUUCAAUAUAGGGUAGAUGAUAUCAUCAUUUUAUGUUCUGGACAGCAUCUGGUGUACUUUUAAAACAUCAAAUUAUUGAUUCUGGGGGAAAACAUUAUUAGCUUUUGUUGCAAGGUAGGAAGUAUUGGCUUGCUCCUCUCCUGAUAAGGUGAUUUUGUUGGUGUUUAAAAGUUCAUGUGACUCACCUUUGCUAUAUUCUAAAAAAUUGACAGACAAGCAAAAUAUGUACGCUCCACACCCUAAUUUCUUGCUGUUACAUGAUCUAAACCAGCUAAAUGAGGAAUUGUAUAUUUCUGGUUAACUUUUCUGUUUCUCUUUUGAACUAAAAGUAUACACAAUUUGCUAAGACUUGUUUAAUGAGUAGAACCUACGCUGUGCUUGGCAGAUUUUGAAGAAUAGGAGGAGGCAUUUCAGUUGCCCUGUUUUAUAUCAGUGUAUUUUUGAGAAUGUUUGCUGGGUAGAGCACUUUCAUCACAUCAGAUAUUUCGGAAUUGGUCUGAUGCCUACAGUGGUCUACAUAAAUAUUUAUCUGCUAGACUGGCUGAUUUUUAUGUGUUUGCUCUCAAAAUUACUUAAAGCGCAGGUAAAACUUAUUCUUUUGAAAUAAUGUUAACAAAUUUUAUAUAUUUUAACUAAAAUGUCACAAUACUCAAUUUCCUCCUUCCAUGUUUUCUUGUACCUCUUGGAAUGAUGACUUUCAGAUUGGAAAACAAACAUUUUAAGUAGACCUUUUAAAGUAGAUGUCUUAAGAUGUUUAGUUGCUUUACAUAAUCUUUUGGGCUCAGAUAAUUUACAUCAUAGACUAUGGAGAAAUUUUGGCGGAUAGCCUUGGAAAAUUUUGGAGAUAAAAGGGUGAUUCCAGAAAAUGACUAUUAAGAAUUGUCCACUUAAAUAUAGACUAAAACACAGGAAUAGUUAUAAAAUUGAUGUUUUUUAGCACUUCUGGAGGAAAUUAAUAACCCCUGAAUGAGCUUGACUUCUCUAGAGUAAAUGAUGUUAAACAAACUGGUUUUGAUGUUUUCUAGUCUAGAGUAAGGGGGCUAUUAUAGAUAAUAAAUGGUAAUUUCACCAAGGCUUAUGAUAAUCACUUGGUGUAAAGAUGAGAAAACAGUAUUUCUGAACUGUUGGACUCAAUGUCUCACAUAUUGAGGGCGCAGUCCCUAGCCCACAGGGCUAUUGGGAGAUGGUGGACCUAGUGGAAAGAAGUUAGGUCAUUGGAGGCAUCCCUCAGAUGGGCUAUCUAUGUGUAUAUUAUUGCAUGUGUGUAUGUUUAAAUAACUUCAGAGAUACUAUCCAUCCAACUAACUCACCUUAAGUAUUUGAUUGUUCAGCUGCCAGGCUAGUCUCACCUAGCAAAAUAGUUGUGAAGAAAAUGGACAGCGCUUUCAUAAAACUUAUGUUUCAAUGAUGCAGUGCUUAAUGGAGUAGAGCUCUGAAUUAAAAAUAGAACAGGUUGAUGAGGUUGUAGAGUUAAGAUUGAGGUUGUUAAUGUGUACAAGAUGAUCAAAGGAGGUCUCAUAAAACUGACCCUUGAGCAUAUUGUGUGCUCUGUUUAACAGAAGGAUUAACCAGUGAUGAGUGAAAUAGAGCAAUAGCAACUAUUAUCAUCAUGAUUUAUAGGUCACUAUUUCUGGUUUUAAAAAUUUUAAAUUGAUUAAAAUGGCAUUUUAAAAUUUAAAUUUGGAAAUUUUAAUCAAAAAGGGAUUCUCUGAAUAAACCCUUAUUCACCAUCUUAAGAGGAGUUGGGGGGAUACUAUAGACAAAAUAAAUUUAAAGGAGGGCAGUUUUAGAUGUAGGGUUUUACUUGAUCACAUCCUGAGGGAAGAAUUGAAGUCAAGGGAAAUUAAAUUCUUGGUGGCUGGACAGUAAAUAUUAGGGAAAUUGAAAAACUAGAAGUAUGUUCAGAUGAGGUUAAAAAAAAAAAAAGAUGCAAGAGUUCUGAAUUGGAACUGGAAAAUGGUGUAGAAAUUACACCUGGAGGGGCUGGGAUUGUGGCUCACUGGUAGCUCGCCUAGCAUGUGUGAGGCCUUGGAUGGAUGCAAGAGUUCUGAAUUGGAGCUGGAAAAUGGUGUAGAAAUUACACCUGGAGGGGCUGGGAUUGUGGCUCACUGGUAGCUCGCCUAGCAUGUGUGAGGACUUGGGUUUGAUCCUCAGCACCACCUAAAAAUAAAGAUGUUAUGUCCAAGUACAACUAAAAAUAAUAAAUAUUUUUAAAAAACAAAAGAAAUUAUACCUGGAACAGACUUCUAGGGAAUUUUAAGAGUCUGGACAAAGGAAUUUCACUAUUUAAAUUUCCUAUAUUACUUCCAGAAGAAAGAAAAACCAUUGAGGAGUCGUUACAACUACAGGAUAUGUGUGCUAAAAUAGGACCUAAAUAUUUAGGAAUCUUGGUGUGGGGGGAGGAACUAUUCUAUGGUAGGCAGGGUAAGGGAAGUUUAUAGGAAUGGAGUAAUUAACCAUGUGGUCUGUGCCUUGGCACCAAGGCCUGGCCUGGCCUGGACAGCUCUAAGAAUAUGUAACUCCAGUUUUGUAUCGUAGGUAUUUUCAUUCUAAUCCUUCCCCUAUGCAGGGCACUGGGAGUUUACAAGUCUCUUUGGCCAUUAAGUUUUCCUUCCUCCCCCUCAGCCUCUUUUCCUUUCCAGAAAAACCUUUUACCUGCUUGCUUUUCCUUCCAUAAUUAAUUUUCAAAAAUUUAAGUGGCAAAUAGUUUAUUAGGAAACAAGUCCAUUUCUCGACUGUACCUGCUUAUGAUAAGAAAUCAGUCUAUUCUUCCAGCAGAUAUCUUAAACAUGGAUGAUUCUCCAGCUCUGUGGAAGACAGUGCUUGUCAAGAGCAUGGCAGUGCUGGGCAGGGUUGUCUUGGAAGGGACCCAUGCCCAAGUAGAACCAACUAUCCAUCUUAAAAUCUACAAGUUCGGUGAACACAACAUUGAUGACUUAACCUCUUUUUAAAAAUUUUAUUUUUUGUGGCACUGGAGUACCUUUCCUUUUCUUAUCCUUCUCUAAUUCAGUGUGUUUUCCUCUCAACUGUUCCAUCCUUGCACUUUGCUCAUGUCAUUCUCCCACAUUUUUUCCCUAUCAGUACACCUAGAUGGGUAUAUUCUUGGAGCACUGUAUUGAAGCCUGUCUACGAAACUUUGCUAAGUAGACUCUUGCCUCACUCACUAAACUGUGCCCCUCAGACACAUUGAGAGCACUCCUUUGUUGUUAAGGUGAAUGAAAAGUACUUGGGAGUUUGGCGGACUUCAAUUGGAUUUCCUGUCUGCAUCCCCCACUAGCUUUGUGAUCUCUAAUAAGCCAAUUUCUCUGAACCCAGUGUCUUGAGACUCAAACCUUACCUUAAGUCUGUUGUGUAAUGGGAAAUGUGAAUAAUGUAUGGGAAGUACUUAGGACAAUUCCUGGUAGAUAGUAGAUAUCUAGUACACAUUCACUUAUAUUGCUAAGUUUUUUUUUUUUUUCCUGGAUUUAAAAAAGAAAUCAGGGAACCAGAACUGGGAGAAUAAAGAUUGGAGACAGGUGUUGAGGCCGUGUAUGAAGCAUAUACAAAGCACUCCAAGUUGGGAUGUGCUCAUACCCAAAGGUAAGACGGAACAGGAUCAGAUGCUGGAAGAGCCAUGAAGGAUUGUGUAAGAUGUCAGUAACCAGAGGUCAGGGCCAAGAUAUGGUGACCACUGACAGUGCUGGAAUCAUGCACCAAAUGUUCUUGAUCAUGGUGCAGUUAAAAAAGAAAAAAAAGAAUUCAGCUAGUAUUGUACACCCUUCUACCAAGUCCUGUUCUAAAUUACUAUCUCAUUUAGUCCUCAAAAUGGUCCUAUGAGUUAGGUGCCACUAUAAUUGUUCCCAAUCUAGAGAUGAGAAUACUAAGGCAGAUAGUUGAAAUGACUUGCCUAAAGCAGCAUAAGUAGAGGAGCCUGGAUGGCAACUUAGGUAUUCUGGCUCUGGAGCCCAUGCUUUUCACAACUUCCUGGUAAAUAUCUCCAACCAGAGAGAUUGCUGUUCCAGAGGUAAACCCAAAGAGAAGCAGCCAGCAAAGGGCCAGCCAAUCAGAGUCCUUAAUGUAUGCUUAUUAACAUCAAAUGAUGGAACAUACUACUUGUGAAGGCCUAUUCUGUUCCCCGCAUUGUGCCAAUGGAUUUUGUCUGCAUUCUUUUAUAUGCCCCAUCACUAUUAUACAAGCCAUUAUUGUACUUAUAAAUGAAAAGAAAAAAAUGGGGCUUAUGGAAUUUUGUUUUUCUAUUUUGUAUCAAAAGAGAGCUACUAUAUCUGUUCCUCAACCCAUCUAGCUUCUGAUCCAAGGCCUCCACUGAAACACCUCUUGCUAAAUCCAGGGGACACUUUCUGAUGUUCAGCUCACUGGUCCUCUCUUCUGUACUGUGCUGUGAUAGCCACUUCAUCUUUCAUUGCUUCCAGACCACAGUUUUUUCUAGGACCAUUUCUCUGACCCGCUCCCCUGCCCCAACCCAUUUCCCUAUUUCUUUUUCUUGCCCUGGUCUGUAAAUGUGGGUCUUCUUCAGGAGCACAUUCACAGCCCUUCUGAAUCUACAUUUUCCUUGGAUGAUCUUACCCACUACCAAUGAAAUGCCAGAGGCAGGGGAGACGCUACCAUACCCUUGACACCCAUCAGCUUGAUUUGGAAGUUUUUUGUUUUAUACAAGGUCUUCUGUAUCACCCAGGCUGGUCUUGAACUCAUGGGCUCAAGCCAUCCUUCCAUCUCAGCCUCCCUGAGUAGCUCUGACCAUAGGUAUGCACCACUGUGCCUAGCUUACCUAUCACCUUGAGACAAAGAUUAGAGACUUCUGCCCAUAUAAGCAUCUCAAAUUCAAGUGUAUCAGGUUAAACACAUGCAAACUUUUCUUGCACCAACUCAACCCUGCCUGCCCUGACCCCACCCCACUCUGCUCCUCUGUUGUUGUAGUUGAGGUGCUGACAUCCACCCAGUUACCCAAACACAGAACCUGUAAGUCAUGUUUGACUUUGCUUCUGUGGCCCUCACAAUCCUCUCAAAUAUCUAGGAGCUGAAAUUCAAUUUCCUGAAAUUCUACCUCCUUUGAAUUUGCUCACUUCUCUCCACAGACAAGAGAGACCUAAUGUCGGCCAUCUCUCAUCUAGGUGACUGAUAGCCUUGGUCCUCCAAUCUGGCCUCCUUCACUGCUUUCUCCACCCUAGUCAGAAACUUUAGGAGUUCAAAUAUAGAGAAUAUUAUGGCCAGAUUUGAGCGUUCAACCCUUUCUUUGACCUUUACUAUUCUCAGGAUAAACUCAAAGCCCCUCAACAAGACAUGGAAAGCUCUCUGGAAUUCUGUUUCAGUCUUUGAGAACUAUUUUUCUUGGGACUCCAACUUUGUUCUCCAUUUGCACCAAUUUUCUUCCAGUUUCCUAGUCACAGUGCCUGGCUGUUUUUCUGGGGGUUUUUGUUUGGUUUUGGUUUUCCCUCCCAAAGUUUAAUAACCUCAAAGUCACCUCCUUCAGGGGGCCUUCUGUGAUCCACAGACUGGAUUAGAUCUUUCUCUGUAGUGCUCCUACAUUCCUUAUGAAUAUUUCUGUCACUGAAUUUUCAUUAUUGAUUUAUAAUUAUUUGCUUGGGCAUUGUCACUAUUUGGGAGGUUCUUGUUGAAGGCAGGACCUAUUGAAUUCUCAGGAUCUAGCACGUGAAAGGCCCUCAGUGGAUGCUUUUGUUGAAUGAAUCUGAAUGACUUUCCCGAGGUUAAAUUGCAAAGAUCUUGUGAAACUUCUACUGUAAAACUCAUGUUUAUUCCACUACGGUAUUUGCACAUUAGGGUGUUUAAACUCAUUGAAGAGUUAAGACUCUGUUAAAAGGUUUUCCUUCUUUCAAAAUUGAUUUUACUUUUUCAAUAAUCUAUUCACAUGAUUCACUCAUCAAAAGGUAUAGUACUCAGUAAAGAGUCUUGUUCCCAUUUUUUGCCUCCAACUUCCUACUUCCCAAAAUAGCCCUAUGAGUUAGGUGCCACUUCUGUGGCCCCUCUGCCUUGAGGUAACCAAUCUUGUCAAUUUCUUAUAUCUCUUUCUAGAAUUUUGCAAAUGUAUGUAAAUAUGAAAUUUUAUAUUCUUUUUUGCCUUUAAAAAGGUAUUGAUUUUUUUUAACUUCCCUAUUUUUUUCUGAGGUGAGUAUUAGCAAAAAGUGCUAAUCAGUACCCAGCUUGAAUGAAGUCAUAGGAAGGGAGACUUGGAAGAAGACAGCUAUUGGAUGAGGGGAGAAGAAAAUCCUGCCUACUUACUGACCUCUUGGGACACGCAGGGGCCUCCAAGACAGAGCCUGUGGUCCAGAUAACUCCCCCAGGCAGAUUCUCAAGCUCCUUAAGAGUUACCUUGUCUUUGGAACUCUCUUAGGCCACUCCCCUUGAUGCAAUAUCUGGGUUUGGGCAGAAAGGAGGGUGCUGGAGAGCCCGCCCCUUCUGAGCUGUUUGGACCAGCUCCUCUUUUUCAGAACAAUUCAGGCUUCACUGUGACUCAGACCUCGGCUCAAAUCUCUGCUCAGAAGCAAGAUGGCUGAGAUGGACAGAAUGCUUCACUCUGGAAGGAAAAGGCAUUCCAGGUCAAAUUAACCCCUUCACUAGGGUUCUAGAAGGAAUCUGGACAAGUUUUAUCAUGUGGUUUUUCUACGCCUUGAUUCCAUGUUUGUUCACAGAUGGAGUGGCCAGUCUGCCUGCCCCUCAGAACCUCUCUGUGCACUCAACCAACAUGAAGCAUCUCUUGACAUGGAGCCCAGUGAUCCUGCCUGGAGAAACAGUACACUAUUCUGUUGAGUAUCAGGGAGAGUAUGAGAGCCUGUACAUAAGCUGGAUCUGGAUCCCCACCAGCUGGUGCACGGUCACUGAAGAACCCAAGUGUGACGUCACGGAUGACAUCACUGCCACAGUCCCUUACAAACUCCGUGUCAGGGCCACAUUGGGCUCCCAAACUUCUGCCUGGAGCACCCUGAAGCACCCCUUUAAUCGAAACUCAACCAUCCUCACUCCACCCAGGAUGGAGGUGUCCAAGGAUGGUUUCCACCUGGUUAUUGAGCUGGAAGACCUGGGGCCGCAGUUUGAGUUCCUCGUGGUCUACUGGAGGAGGGAGCCUGGUGCCAAGGAACAGACCAAAGUGGUGAGGAGUAGGGGCGUUCCUGUGCACCUGGAAACCAUGGACCCAGGGGCCACAUACUGUGUGAAGGCCCAGUCUCUGGUGAAGGUCAUCGGGAGGCACAGUGCCUUCAGCCAGGCAGAGUGUGUGGAGGUGCAAGGUAAAGAAGGUCUGCCUGUUCCUUGGGCCUCCGCAGAGGUGACAGCCCCUCUUGGUGCAUGCUCAGAAGAGGCUCUCCCACUGGCCCUGGCCCUGUUUGCCUUCCUUGGCUUCAUGCUGAUCCUCGUGGUUGUGCCGUUCUCCAUCUGGAAAAUGGGUCAGCUGCUCCGGUACUCCUGCUGCCCCGUGGUGGUCCUCCCAGACACCUUGAAAAUAACCAAUUCACCCCAGAAGGUAAUCAGCUGCAGAAGGGAAGAGGUGGAUGUCUGUGCCACAGCUGUGCUAUCUUCUGAGGAACUCUUCAAGGCCUGGAUCUAGACCUGAGGAAGGGCCCACAGACUGGCCUGCAGGACACAGGACUGGUGAGGGGUGAGGCUGUGUUCCUGUUUUCCUCCAUGGAUGAAGGACAAGAGAAGUAUGAAGAGCCUGCCAUGUCCAUGUGCGGAAGCAACUGUCAGAGGCUGAGUGUCAUGCCAGUGGCACUGGUGAGAGUUCAGGAGAUGUGACUUCCAGACCCGGAGCUGACAUUUGCUAGCUGAGUGACCCUGGGGAAAGUGACUUCAUCCCUCUGGUCCUCAGAUUUCUCAUCUGCAAUGGGGAUUAAUUACUCACCUGUCUCUGCUCUCUGUCUCUCUUUCUAUGUAUGUAAAUACAUUCAGCACUUGCAGGACUGCGGGUGGCAUUCAUGCUGGGAAAGGCCAGUGCUCCUGGAGAGCAGGAUAUAAAUGUGUAGUAAGAAGGACCAAAGGCCACACAUGAGUUGGCUUGGGCUCCCCGCUUUCCCAGAGGAAAUGGAAGAGGAAAGGAAGGAUGGGAGCAAGUGUUGAUCUCCCUUCAAGCUAAAUGCCUAUGCAGAGGUGGAGGGCUCAGCAAGCCAUGGUGGGUGAACUGGAAGGCCACAGCCCCCCAACAUAGGAUGUGCACCAGUGCUGGAGAUCCACAAAACACCAUCAAGUGUGGACUGUGUGCACAUCCUGAGGAUGGCAGGUAAUAUGUGUGUUGUGUGACGAGAGGGCAGGAGGUGGUCAGUUCCAAGUGUAAUGUUUGUAGCGUCUGUUUUUCCUGUGAAGUUGUCAAAGUGCAGAAGUAAAAAUCAAAAGGGGUAGUCUUUUUGGUUCCUGCAAAAAAAGCGGGCUUCGGGGUUUUAGUUACAUCACCAGCCUUAGGUCCAGAGAAACAUAAAGUACACACAGCUCUGGCUUCAUGCUUCAGCCCCUAGCCACAGGCUGCUUGCUUGGGGACAGCUUCUAUUGUACAAGAGCUCCAGUUGAGUCAGGAGGCAACAAGAUCACCUGAGCAGGGCGCUCUUGGUUUUUCCCAGAGGCCCCUUUCCAUAGGAUUUCUGUGGGUACUUCCUUUUCCUUUAGGCAUUCCACUCAGAGAUCAGACUCUGCCUCUUCUACUCUGCUUUUCCUGUUCUCAACUCUGGAAGCCCCUACUCACUCCUCUCCCCAACCAGGUGAAGAAGAAAGCCUAAGGCUAGAGAAGGAGUGGAGGGAGGAAGUUUCUUGAGGAGUGAAGGAUUGAUUGUUGAGCAAGACCUGUACCUUUUUAUUCCCCACUCCCUCCCAGGUCUGGAGCCUCUGAGUGGGUUCCUCUCUACCCCCACUUCCUGGCCCUUCCAGCCAGCCUGUGGUGGGGACAGUCUAACUGCCUCAACCAGAUGUUUUCCCCUUUGUAACACCACCACCCCACCAUCCUCUCUCCACCUGGCAGGGUCUCAAGUAGAUUGGGGAGGGGCUGUGUCCAGGGAUGAGAUAUCCUAAGAGCUUUGCCUUUAUGUUCUUCUUGUUGGUUUUGACUCCUUUAUGGAGAGUAUGUGUGAAUUUUAUAUUGUGCCUGAACUGGAAACAUGUUCAUUUUAUAAAAAAUAAAGACCACACGACUACAUGGGCCAUCCUUGA